AUGGAAGGGUCUAGAAUUAAGAAUGAGCUAAAGGAAGUAGAUGUAGAAAAUGAGAUAGAUGAAUUUCGUAAAGAAGGAAAUAGUGGCACAGAAGGGCUGAUAAUAAUUAAAAGCAUGCCUAGAGUAACAGAUGGAAUUAACUCUGCUGGUAAGGUAGAGAGUCUUGAAGGGGAUGGAAUUAACUCUGCUAGUAAGGUAGAGAGUCUUGAAGGGGAUGGAAUUAACUCUGCUAGUAAGGUAGAGAGUCUUGAAGGGGAUGGAAUUAACUCUGCUAGUAAGGUAGAGAGUCUUGAAGGGGAUGGAAUUAACUCUGCUAGUAAGGUAGAGAGUCUUGAAGGGGAUGGAAUUAACUCUGCUAGUAAGGUAGAGAGUCUUGAAGGGGAUGGAAUUAACUCUGCUAGUAAGGUAGAGAGUCUUGAAGGGGAUGGAAUUAACUCUGCUGGUAAGGUAGAGAGUCUUGAAGGGGAUGGAAUUAACUCUGCUAGUAAGGUAGAGAGUCUUGAAGGGGAUGGAAUUAACUCUGCUAGUAAGGUAGAGAGUCUUGAAGGGGAUGGAAUUAACUCUGCUAGUAAGGUAGAGAGUCUUGAAGGGGAUGGAAUUAACUCUGCUGGUAAGGUAGAGAGUCUUGAAGGGGAUGGAAUUAACUCUGCUAGUAAGGUAGAGAGUCUUGAAGGGGAUGGAAUUAACUCUGCUGGUAAGGUAGAGAGUCUUGAAGGGGAUGGAAUUAACUCUGCUGGUAAGGUAGAGAGUCUUGAAGGGGAUGGAAUUAACUCUGCUAGUAAGGUAGAGAGUCUUGAAGGGGAUGGAAUUAACUCUGCUGGUAAGGUAGAGAGUCUUGAAGGGGAUGGAAUUAACUCUGCUGGUAAGGUAGAGAGUCUUGAAGGGGAUGGAAUUAACUCUGCUGGUAAGGUAGAGAGUCUUGAAGGGGAUGGAAUUAACUCUGCUAGUAAGGUAGAGAGUCUUGAAGGGGAUGGAAUUAACACUGCUAGUAAGGUAGAGAGUCUUGAAGGGGAUGGAAUUAACUCUGCUGGUAAGGUAGAGAGUCUUGAAGGGGAUGGAAUUAACUCUGCUGGUAAGGUAGAGAGUCUUGAAGGGGAUGGAAUUAACUCUGCUAGUAAGGUAGAGAGUCUUGAAGGGGAUGGAAUUAACUCUGCUAGUAAGGUAGAGAGUCUUGAAGGGGAUGGAAUUAACUCUGCUAGUAAGGUAGAGAGUCUUGAAGGGGAUGGAAUUAACUCUGCUAGUAAGGUAGAGAGUCUUGAAGGGGAUGGAAUUAACUCUGCUAAUAAGGUAGAGAGUCUUGAAGGGGAUGGAAUUAACUCUGCUAGUAAGGUAGAGAGUCUUGAAGGGGAUGGAAUUAACUCUGCUAGUAAGGUAGAGAGUCUUGAAGGGGAUGGAAUUAACUCUGCUAGUAAGGUAGAGAGUCUUGAAGGGGAUGGAAUUAACUCUGCUAGUAAGGUAGAGAGUCUUGAAGGGGAUGGAAUUAACUCUGCUAGUAAGGUAGAGAGUCUUGAAGGGGAUGGAAUUAACUCUGCUAGUAAGGUAGAGAGUCUUGAAGGGGAUGGAAUUAACUCUGCUGGUAAGGUAGAGAGUCUUGAAGGGGAUGGAAUUAACUCUGCUAGUAAGGUAGAGAGUCUUGAAGGGGAUGGAAUUAACUCUGCUAGUAAGGUAGAGAGUCUUGAAGGGGAUGGAAUUAACUCUGCUAGUAAGGUAGAGAGUCUUGAAGGGGAUGGAAUUAACUCUGCUGGUAAGGUAGAGAGUCUUGAAGGGGAUGGAAUUAACUCUGCUAGUAAGGUAGAGAGUCUUGAAGGGGAUGGAAUUAACUCUGCUAGUAAGGUAGAGAGUCUUGAAGGGGAUGGAAUUAACUCUGCUAGUAAGGUAGAGAGUCUUGAAGGGGAUGGAAUUAACUCUGCUGGUAAGGUAGAGAGUCUUGAAGGGGAUGGAAUUAACUCUGCUAGUAAGGUAGAGAGUCUUGAAGGGGAUGGAAUUAACUCUGCUAGUAAGGUAGAGAGUCUUGAAGGGGAUGGAAUUAACUCUGCUAGUAAGGUAGAGAGUCUUGAAGGGGAUGGAAUUAACUCUGCUAGUAAGGUAGAGAGUCUUGAAGGGGAUGGAAUUAACUCUGCUAGUAAGGUAGAGAGUCUUGAAGGGGAUGGAAUUAACUCUGCUAGUAAGGUAGAGAGUCUUGAAGGGGAUGGAAUUAACUCUGCUAGUAAGGUAGAGAGUCUUGAAGGGGAUGGAAUUAACUCUGCUAGUAAGGUAGAGAGUCUUGAAGGGGGUGGAAUUAACUCUGCUAGUAAGGUAGAGAGUCUUGAAGGGGGUGGAAUGAACUCUGCUAGUAAGGUAGAGAGUCUUGAAGGGGAAGCGUGA